ACACCUCUCUUUUUCUAUUUAUCUCCACUUUUCAGGGUGGUACCAGAUCUGGAGCUAGAGGGAUUGUUCAAGCGACACUUCACGAAAGUGGAAUUUUUCACCGGCACCGUUAUGGAUUCGUUAGACUUGUCUCGGGUAAAGGUGUCAGAUGCGGACGCUUGUUUGGUGUUAGCGAACAAGUACAGCACAAACCCGGAUGCUGAAGAUGCGGCGAAUAUCAUGCGAGUGAUCUCCAUCAAGAACUAUUCGAGUGAUAUUCGAGUGAUCGUUCAGUUGAUGCAGUAUCACAACAAGUGGAUGAUCCCUUCAAUGUGCUCUCGGUCAUGCGGUAGAGAGCCGUUUGGAUGUGGUAAAAUGAAAAAGGAUAGAGCUCUGAGUUUCAUCGCCUUCACUUUGGGCAUGCGCAUGCGCCUCGACGUCUGUUUACUCGAAGGACGCCGUAUCGAGUGA